UAGCAACGCGCCGACCACUAGGUUAUGUUCGUGUUUUUGGAACUGUGUGUUACGGCAGGCCAGUGCCAAGCUUUCUGAAAUGUGCAUAUUCCUCAGGAGUAUGCUGAGCUGGUCAGUGUGAGUGGAAGAGUGAAGACUGAGGGAGUCUGUGCAACUGACGAUGGCAAAUGAAGCAAAUGAUGAUGACGUCAUUCAUUUGGCCAGUUUCCGCAGACAUCGGGGGCAAGAUGGUGAAGUUAGAAAUGACCUUUUCAUCACGAUAUCUGACGACUCGGAUGAGGAGGUGCUUGUGGGCGUACCAAAUCACUCCAUCCAUGUGAAUACUGAGGGAGAGGACGACGCUGAGGAGGACGAUGUGAUUGUAGCGCCCUUGAUCCCGGUGCGUCCCAGUGUAAUCCGACCAGCAGCUCCCUGGGGCGGGGGCCUCUCCCAGGGACCAGCAGAGAGCAAAGACAGAGCCCCAGCAGAGGCACAGCCAGCCACGCACUCUGAGACAGGAAGCAAAGAUGUUUUUGUCUCUAAGGCAGGAGACCAGAGCGCAGUGCCGUCCACUUCCAAUGCCCACUCUCUGCCAACACCUACAGACCAAGGGUCUGACCCUAACAGAGGAGUUUUGAUCCCAGCAGCACCUCAGCCAUUGGGCCCCCUGGAGGCUGGUCCUGAAAUUGUAGCUGGCAGCCAGCAAAAGGUGGACAUCGUAACGGAGGUACCCUCGACCUCCUCUCAAACGCAGCCAGCAGAACAGCAGCAGCAGCAGGCGCUGCCGCCUCUUGCCCCAGCUGUGUUUUUCGUGGAAGAGAGGCCCCAGAGAGCAGCGCAGUCCACAGCGCGGGAGGUGAUUGAUGACGAGAGGCCUGGGCCUUCCAGCGCUGGCGGGGGUGACCCCACACAUCUAACCACCCUGGUGAAGGGAGUGAUGGACCUCUUUCCGGACGUGAAGGAAGAAUUUAUAACGAAUUGGAUAAAGAGGCACAAUGCAAAGGAUCUAAAUUUAAUUUGCAACUUUUUGCUGGAGAACCCUGAGUAUCCAAAGAAUGAAAAGAGCUUUGUGUUGAAUCAGCAAACCAGUAUUCUUCUGGAAGCAAACAAUAAUGAAAUACAGGAGAAAGAAAACUAUUUUGAUUUCUCCAAGCUCGGCAUGGCUGAUACUCGUACAUUCAUUCAGGCUGCAGACCUGCUCAUGGGGGAUUUCAAAAUGUUGAGCAGCCUGGACAUCAAAUGGGCGCUUAGAUCUCUGAAGGGACACUAUGCAAUCACUCGCAAGGCCUUAUCCGAUGCCCUGAAGACAUGGGGAGAACAUUCUACUGAAUCAACGGGGAAGAAGCGGAAAGCAAUGAACCAGUUCUCCUACAUGGAUUUCAAGUUUGAACAAGGUUCAACUAAGCUUGAGAAGCGCAUGUUCUUCCUGGAGAACAAGAGAAGAUACUGGAGGUCUUACAACUGGAAGUCACUUCCACCAGCUUUGCAGCGUGAGGUUCGGUUUUAUGAACAGAAAAUGAAGGAGAUGGCUGAGCAUGAAGAUUUCUUAUUAGCUCUACAGAUGAAUGAGGAACAAUAUCAGAAGGAUGGCCAGCUGAUCGAGUGCUGCUGCUGCUAUGGCGAGUUCGCCUUUGAGGAAAUGACACAGUGCACCGAUGGCCAUCUGUUCUGCAAGGAGUGCCUGGUGAAGUACGCUCAGGAGGCUGUGUUCGGCGCGGGGAGGUCGGAGCUGAGCUGCAUGGAUGGGAAUUGCAUGUGUGCGUUCCCCACCAGCGAGCUGGAGAAGGUGCUUCCAGAGAACAUCCUGCGCAAGUAUUACGAGAGGCAGGCCGAGGAGGCUGUGGCAGCUACCUGUGCCGACGAGCUCGUCAGGUGUCCUUCGUGUAACUUCCCUGCACUGCUGGAUAAAGAUGUUUCUCUGUUCAGCUGCCCCAACCCUCGCUGCAGAAAGGAGACCUGCAGGAAGUGCCAUGUUGUGUGGAAGGACCACGUGGGCAAGACCUGCGAGCAGGUGAUGGAGCAGGACGAGAUCCGCAUCAGGGUUGCCUUCGAGGAGAAGAUGACCGCGGCACGGGUGAGAAAGUGUCACAGGUGCGGCAUGGGCCUGGUGAAGUCGGAGGGCUGCAACAGAAUGUCGUGCCGCUGCGGGGCCUUCAUGUGCUACCUUUGCAGGCAGCCCAUUAAUGGGUAUGACCACUUCUGCCAGCACGCCCGCACACCCGGGGCAGAGUGCCGGCACUGCAAGAAGUGCUCCCUGUGGUCCGACCCCACGCAAGAUGACGAGCGAAUCAUCAGUGAGCUCCAGAAAGAGGCAGAGGCAGAACUGCUAAAGAAGAACUCAGGGAAAAAGAGGAAGCAGGUUGGCCCUCCCCCGGAGCCUGUGGCCGCCAAGGUGCCCUGCCAGGCCCCUCCACUGGUCGACAGGGGGCAGGGAGACCAGGCUGUGCCGCCCCACGGCCUACACCCGCUCCUGCUGGUGCCCCCGCAGAUGAUGCUGCCCCAACUCCACCACCACCCGCUCCACAUUCGACCCAUCCCCGCCCCCUACGUCCCCCCGCCACGGGACGCCCCCAUGAACUUAAACCCCCCCUUAAACAUGAACCCUCUCAUGAACUUAAACCCGCCCAACAUGAACGAGGACUUCAACAUACCUAUGCAUUUUGGACCAGCCCUCAACUUCUACAGGCCCCGCUGAACACACCCCUACCCCCGAACUCCCCUGAACGAUCCCCUUUUCUAAAUAAAGUUGCACCUUUUAUAUUGGGCAUAAACACGUGUAUGGAGGUACUCCCUUUGCUGUCUUAGUAGGAAGCUCAGGAUGAGGCCCUUGGCCCCUGGAGGAAUGCUCUCUCUUCCUGAUGCGUGCCUACUCUUGCACCACAGAUGGUGAUAUGCCAAAACCUUCUGUUGUUUAGCGCAUUGUUUCAGCCCACUGUGGGUAUGCCUACCAUUAUAAGACUGAAGAGUGAACUGUGAGAGUUCUCCACUCACCUCUUCAGCUUGACCUGUGGGGAUCGGUAUAAUACGGUCCAUUUGAUUAUUUUUUAUUUUUUAUUAGCCACAUUCUUACAGGUGGUUUGCAAAAUUCUGCUGCAUCAAGGGUGCUUCACGUGUAUUUUGGUGACAUCAUACAAGUAAUGCCAGAACCGGUGCAGAGGCCAGCAGUGCUAUUUAGUUUGCAGAACAACAAUGUGCAGUUUUAAAUCCCUCAUUUAGUUUCAGGUAUUCAGUGCACUGUGCUGCUUAAUGUUGUGUUAAAGCAAAUGACACGUUAAACCCGUGCUACCCAAGCCUGGUCCCGGCCCUGGAGGGCCUCCGUGUCUGCAGGUUUUUUUGUGUUCAGGUUUGGCCCCUAAUGAUUAGGUUCAUCAGGUGGGAGUCUCGAUUGAGCCAGUUUAGCAUCUCUUCUCCAGUCCAGAGUGCAUUAGCAGUUUAAAGAAAGCUAGAACAUGCGGCUAGAUCAUGUCUGUCCAGGACUGGCGUUGAGUAGCUCUGACCUAGAUGAGUCCAGACCACUGCUUGUUGUAGGAUGUGUCUCAUGUCCUCUGAUAUGUCUGGAAUGUGUGUAGAGGUGAGGGUAGUGCCAUGGGAUAUUUUGACAUUGGAGGGGAAUAGUAACACUUUACACACAAGUCUUUCUGUGUGUGAGGUACCUCUCCAGCCCUGUACUGUCAGUGACUAAAUGCCACAAGGAGUACAACUGCCUCUUGUCUAAGGGCCACUCCAGUUAUUGUCAGCACCUUAGUGGUUUAGGGUGUUUUUUUCUGUUUAAUCCUAUGUAGAGUUGUAAGUACUGUUGAGUACAGGGAAAUGUCACAGAACUGGAAAGUGUAUGGACAUUCAAAUGUUAUACCUUUCUUACAUUUUACACCCCUCUUUUAUACUCCUUUUCCUCCAAGUUUGAACUGAAAACAAGAGACUCACCCUUGAAAACCUAAGUCCAAGUUGAGUGCCUGCGGUCUCUUACUCAUUCUUUGCUCUAAGAGAUAAAAAGCACAAACCAUUCAAGCGUAUAUGUUCAGUAGGGGGAUGGAUCUUACUUGAGGGAAAA